CCGGAGCCGCCCGGGCAGGAGACGCCGGCCAAGAUCUUCCAGCGGAUGAAGGAGCGGGCGGAGCGGCAGCGGGGCCGCGGGGGCGGCACCGACGGGAUCCUGACCCGCGGCACCGGGCAGAGCCAGGGCACCGACGGGAUCCUGACCCGCGGCACCGGGCAGGGCCGCACCGGCCCCGACGGGAUCUUCCCGACCCCCAGCACCGGGCAGGGCCGGGGCACCAUCGACGUAAUCCUGACCCCCGGCACCGGGCAGAGCCAGGGCACCAACACCAACAGGAUCCUGACCCGCGGCACCGGGCACAGCCGUGCCACCGACGGGAUCCUGACCCGCGGCACUGAGCAGAGCCAGGGCACCGACGGGAUCCUGACCCGCGGCACUGAGCAGAGCCAGGGCACCGACGGGAUCCUGACCCGCGGCACUGAGCAGGGCCGCACCAGGCACAGCCGUGCCACCGAAGGGAUCCUCUUGACCCCCAGCACUGGGCAGAACCAAGGCACCGACGGGAUCCUGACCCGCGGCACCGGGCAGAGCCGUGCCACCGACGUGAUCCUGACCCCCGGCACCGGGCAGAGCCAGGGCACCAACAGGAUCCUGACCUCCAGCACCGGGCAGGGCCGGGGCACCAUCGAUGUAAUCCUGACCCCCGGCACCGGGCAGAGUGAGAGCACCAACAGGAUCCUGACCCACAGCACCGGGCAGAGCCAGGGCACCAACAGGAUCCUGACCCACAGCACCGGGCAGAGCCAUGCCACCGACGUGAUCCUGACCCCCGGCACUGGGCAGGGCCGGGGCAUCGCCCGGCCAGGACAUGGGUCAGUGUUCCCACGGGUCCCUCAGGCCCCACCUGCCACAGAGCCCCCUGUGCUGGAGACCCCCCAGAAGUUCUUCCUGCGCAUAAAGGAGAAACUGCAGCAGCAGCAGCAGCACAAAGAUCCAACGCCUUCAAAGCCCAUCCAGCAGAACAUCCCUCCUUCCACAGCCACGGAGGAGCCUUCAGUCGGAGCUGCCUGUGCUGAGCAGCCCAGGACUGAGCCUCCCGAGGAAGUGGACACCAACAAGGAGGAUGAUGUGGACGUUUUCCUUGUGGAACCAAUAGAUGCCGAGGGUGAAAUGUCUCAGAGUGCAGGCACUAGUUUUCUGAAUGUAAAUUCCACCCCUUCGAAAAACGGGGAUCAGGCAACAGAGAAGUGGGGAAAUGGAGGAGCAAAACGUACAGAGCUUCAUCGAGACAGAAGGGAGUUGCAGCCCAGUGAAAAACAAGCUGCUCUGGGAGUGGAAAAGACCGUGGAGAGUAAUUCCCCAAAGCCCUCCCGGUGCUUCUGCAGCAUUAUGCUGUCUAGUCCCACAGUCCACAUUCCAAAGAAGCAGAAGCUGACAGAAAAGCCUGAGGACCCUGUGGACAAACCUUGUACUGACCAACCUGCUGGCAAAGCAGACAAAGAGAAAAGCAUCUGCCUGAGCAGCUGGAGGAUUAAAGUGAUGGAAGGCAACACGGCGAUUUCUCUGGAGGGCAAACGCCAGGACAUGAAGGGCCUGCUGUGGCACAGCAAUGCUGUCACCGAGCGCCUGGCCCACAACCAGCUGAGGACGUCCUCGGGCAGCCUCUACCUCCUGCAGGGCAAGAUCGACUCUGCCACCAUGAGGAGAGAAGGGUUUCCCUACCGCUUCAUCAAACGAUUCACGUUUGGCUUUUCCAGGAGGUGGAAGGAGUAUGUCCAGGAGUUCCUCGAGGAAAGGAGGAGGAAAGACCGAAAACAAAACAGUGGUGUGGAUGAAGAUGAAGAGAGUGACACUGAGUUGGAAACUGCAGAAGGCUCAAAGAAGAAACCUGGAAUGAAGAACACCACCUAUGAAGUAUUGCCAAGGAAUGAUGAAAACACUUACACCACCCCAAGGCACAGCUCCCAGGGGAACGACUUGAGCAGGGUUUACACUCGCAGCGGGAGACAGGUCAGACCCCCCAUGAACUUCUGGUGUGGGCAACGAGCCUUUGUGGAUCAGAACCUUAAUGUCACCCUGGAAGAGGGUGGAGUGGAUUAUCUCAGCCUGAUGCUUAGUAGUGAAAAAUCCCACAAAAAGACCAGUUUCAUCUCUAAGAACAAACCGAAGGAAGUCAUGAAGACAACAGAGGAAAUGCCAAAAAGCCAAAAUAAAGGUAAAAGCAGGGAGAAGGGAGCCAGCUCCAAAUGGGAACCCAAGCCUGCUGGAAGCAGGGAGAGAGAAGCCAGUUCCAAAUGGGAACCCAAGCCUGCUGGAAGCAGGGAGAAGGGAGCCAGCUCCAAACGGGAACCCAAGCCUGCUGGAAGCAGGGAGAGAGAAGCCAGCUCCAAACGGGAAUCUGAGCCUGCUGGAAGCAGGGAGGCCCGGCGCUUCCUGUCGGAGGAGGAGGAGAGUGACCCUGCAACCAGGGGCACAAAAACCAAAUCCCAGCCUCCUGCCAGGGUGCCUUCCUCAAACACCAAAGUCCCAAACAGACACAGCACCAGAAUCCUGGGAAUGGCAAAGCAGAAGCGAGGAGCAGACGCUGCAGAGCUGCCCGUGUACGAGCAGGCUUCCAAGUACUCCCUGAGGUCAGCCAGGAAGCCUUUCCCAGACAAGCACUUCACCGAGGAAUCCUCAGGCAAGGAUGGGGGAGAGGGAUCCAGUGAUGAUGAUACCCCACUGCUGAUCAGAAGGAAAGAUAAAUCUGUGUUAAAACCGGAGCCUCCAAACUGCAGCUCUCGCUCUGACUCUGACAGAUCCCAGGGUGGUGCAAACAGGGUGUGGGGUGAGCCAAGGGCAGGAAAAGCCUCCCGGAAUGUGCCAGUGAGGCUGAGUGGGACCAGUGACGAGUCUGAGCUCACCAGCGAAGGAAACACUCCUGGCAGUGGGCCCAGAGACUCCCUCCUGCCUGGGGAGGCCGUGAGGACACGGAGCAGAACCAACCCCCCCAGGCACUGGCUGGAUUUCGACAGCGAGCCCGAAACCAGCAAGGAGGAACUUCCCACAAAAGACAGGAAUGCAAAAGUACCUGGUAAAAAACCAGGGGCUGGAGUUCCCAGCACUGCCAAGUCUGCAGCAGCCAGAUCGAGAGAGCCUGAGAGGGCAAAGCAGCAGAAACCUCUGGAGCUUUUUCCCAGGGCAGCUGAUGGUUGGUCUGAGAAGGAAUUACAGAAGCUUUACAGGGCCAUCGCGGCGCUGCCCAAGCACCGCAGCGGCUUCUGGCAGGAGGUGGCCAUGGCCGUGGGGACACGCUCUGCCGAGGAGUGUCACGGCAAGUACCUGCAGGAGCAAGAGGCCAAGGGCUCCCAACCACAGGCCGGGAAGGCCAAGGCAGGAAAACCCGAGCAGAAAGCUAAGAAGGAGCUGGUGAUAAGUGCCAGGGUGGGAACCCUCAAACGGAAGCAGCAGAUGAGGGAGUUCCUGGAGCACCUGCCCAAGGACAACCACGACGACGUGUUCACCACGACACCCUUCCAGAACAGGAGAGUCAAGCUGCCGCCGCUCCGGAACGACGACCCCGAGGACUUUUCCCUGGGGGAGCUCUCGCUCAGCCCCAGCUCAGCCGUGUUCCCGCUGGCCAAAACCCCCCAGUGCGAGCACAUCAGCCCGGGAAUGCUGGCCCCUGUCAACAGGAAGGAGCUGGACAGACACGUGUUCCGGAUGCAGAAGCACACGCGGGGCAGCAGGGGCACCUGGGACAAGGUCCAGAAGAAGUCGGCUGGAGCCGUGCUGGGGACACCUUCCCGCAGGGCCAAGGUCAGCUUGGAGACCAAUGUGGCAAAGGACUCUCUGGUGGGGAAGCUCUUCAGGGCUCAGACACCAAACUCCUCAGAGGAGGAAGAGGAAGACCAGGAUUCCUAUUUCUCCAUGUGAUGAAUUUUGUGGAUCUGUUGGCUCAGCACUUGGGUGCCUCAUUCCGAGUCUGUGGUUCAGCCGCCCCUCCGGGAGGGAAGGGCUGGAAUUGCAAGAUCAAUUUGGAAAAUCUUCCCCGAUCUGGUUUUUAUGCAUUUUAACCCCAUUCCCAUCUUGCUGGCACUGUUUGGCUUUUCCAUGUGUACAUAGUGGCCCUUCCUUGCCCAGCUCCUCCUCUCCUGUUUCUCUUCCUGUUGCCUUUUUCUCCUGGGAAGGAGAAAGGUACAGGGGUGCCAAUGACUGGCAAAGUCAUUUUAAGAUAAAAUAUCUCUUGGGAUAUGAAUGUACAAUAAAUUCAGGUAAAAUCUGGAAGUAA